CCAGCUCGCUGUCGUUGGUUCUGUAUGAAGCUAGCAGUCAUCUGUGACAGAUACAGCGCUUAACAUCUGUCUUUUCAAUGUGUUGUCAGUUAAACACGCAUUUAACCGUUAUUGUGUUUAAAGAGAAGACCUAGAUGCAGUUAUCGAAGGAUUUUUAACGCAUGUUAACAGUCUUGGGGAUAAUCGGACAGAAACGUGAACAUGAAGUCGGACAUCACCUAUAACCAGAUGGUGGAUCCGGAGAGACGGAGGCAGGAAUUCUCCCGCAGAGCGCAGCUGUUCGCCAGGUGGCAGAUCGCUCUGGCCGCCGUGGUCUGUGUGCUUCUGGCUGCCAUGGCGCUCUACAGCAUCCUGACCCCGAGGGCGGCGGGGUCAGUGACGUCGGCAGGUUCAACGUUCCAGCAUCCGGCCUCCAUCAGCAGCCGCCUUCAGGAGACGGUGGAGUCCUGCUCCGACCCCUGCAAGAUCGUCCUGGUGGAGAGCAUCCCUGAGGGGAUGGAGUUCAACUCCAGCACCAGCAGCCCCUCCAUCUUCCAGGCGUGGGUCCGCCUGAUGAGCGAGGCGCGCAGCAGCGUCGACAUCGCCUCCUUCUAUUGGACGCUCACUAACGAGGACACCAGCACCCACGAACCCUCAGCCUCUCAGGGGGAGGAGGUUUUGAAGAGGCUGGCUGAACUCUCCGGGAAGCUUCCCGUUCGGAUUGCAGUGGAUUCGCAGGAGGGAAAACCACAAGCUGACCUCAAACUGCUCAACGACUCAGGAGCCGACGUCAGGACGGUCAACAUGAGGGCGCUCACCACCGGGGUUCUUCACACCAAGUUCUGGGUCGUGGACAAGACGCACAUUUACAUCGGCAGCGCCAACAUGGACUGGAGGUCCCUGACGCAGGUGAAGGAGCUGGGAGCCGUCGUCUACAACUGCAGCUGCCUGGCCUCAGACCUGGAGAAGAUCUUUGAAGCUUAUUGGUUGGUUGGAGGGAGCGAGUCCAUCCCGUCGCCGUGGCCGUCCAGCUUCUCCACCCUGUACAACAAAGACACGCCGCUCCAGCUGCCGCUGAACAGCACGCCGUCCAGCGUUUACCUCUCUAGCUCUCCUCAGUCCUUCUGCGCCGCCGGCAGGACUCCGGAUCUUCAGUCGCUUCUCAGCGUGAUUGACGACGCAGAGGAGUUCAUCUACAUCGCUGUCAUGAACUACCUGCCCACUACGGAGUAUACGCACCCGAAAAGGUACUGGGCCGACAUCGACACGCAGCUGAGGCGGUCGGCGUACGAGAGGAAGGUCAAAGUUCGCCUGCUGAUCAGCUGCUGGCCUCACUCUCCGCCCGUCAUGCUGCCCUUCCUGAAGUCUCUGGCUUCGGUUCACGACUACAGAAACAAGCUGGACGUCCAGGUGAGGCUGUUUACGGUUCCCGCCGACCCGAGACAGAAAGCGAUUCCCUACGCAAGAGUGAACCACAACAAGUACAUGGUGACCGACAAAGUGGCCUAUAUUGGGACGUCUAACUGGUCGGGGGACUACUUCCUGAACACAGCCGGGUCGGCGCUGGUCGUGAACCAGACGGACUCGCCGGACCCGACCGUCCAAUCCCAGCUGAAGGCCGUCUUCGAGCGGGACUGGAACUCGGCCUACAGCGCCCCCGUCAGACACGGUGCAAACCUCAAACACGUCUGCUGAUCUCCUCACACCAGAACUCGUGUAGCGUUCAGGUUCUCCUGGGCUUUGGACUCGGGUGAACACUGGUUCUGGUGAGCUGGAAGCACAAAACUAUUUUUCAAUUACUUUUUCCCCCCACAGUUUGUGGCGGUUUUCCACAAACUUCACUGGGAUUUUAAGUGCAUAAGUGUGAAA